AUGCUCAUCACCCCCUGCGACAAAAAAACUCCUCACCAGCUUGUCCCUUUUAUCGCAUUAACCAAGCCGUCCGAAUAUGAGUCCUUAUUCUUAGACAGCACUAGUAGGAUCUUUGGCUGCCAUUUUCCAAUAGUUUGCCUCCCCAAGUCAAUAACAGAGGAGGAGGAGGAUGGAUCGACUAACAUCAAGAUUGUGUAUUUGUGCAGGAACAUCAAGGACACUUUUGUUUCACUCUUCCACUUCGCCAACAAUAUUGGUGUUCGAUCUUCUCCCAUUUCUUUGGAGGAGGCAUUUCAUUUGUUCUGCAAAGGCACAAACGUGGGUGGUCCUAUAUGGGAUCAAAUCUUGGGAUAUUGGAAGGAAAGCCUGGAAAGACCAAACAAGGUGCUGUUUAUGAGGUAUGAAGACUUGAAGUCUGAGCCUCAUGCUCAAAUCACCCGUCUGGCGCGGUUUCUGGGGAGACCUUUCUCACCAGAGGAAGAGAACUCGGAAAUGAUUGAUCAGAUCACGAGUUUGUGUAGUUUUGGCAGCAUGAGCAAACUGCAGGUUAAUAGCACUGGACAUUUCUCGUCUAAAGUAAGCAAUUCUUCCUUUUUUCGGAAUGGUCAAGUUGGAGAAGGAAAUAAGUGUUUAACUCCAGAGAUGGCCGCUAAGUUGGAUCAGAUUACCCAGGAAAAGUUCCGUGGUUCAGGAUUAAAACUUUGA